AUGAUGAAUAACUCUUCCAAAUUAUCGCCCCCAGGCAACAAAUUACGAGCCAUUGAUAUGCUGGAUCAACAUAUCAAUAGGAGAAGUCUGACUAAACAUCGUUCGUCGGUACCUCCUUCUUCGAUUCCAUGGCUACAUACAAAAUUGCCUGCACCUUCCAAGUCACUGCCUAUAGAUAAUAGUGAUGCCACUUCGCCAACUCCGAAGAGAAGAAAUCAAGACAACGUGAAAGAAAACGCUCAAAAGAGAUUGAAGUCUACUCGAAGCUCUGCAUGCGACUUGGAUUUCACAAGAGAAGAUAACUCGUACGGAUCUCCUACCACAAAAUCCGUCGCUUUCUCUGACAAAAUUGAAUCUUCCCCCACACAACGUGAUCUGAGGUCAUCGCCAAUACCCUCUUCUGCUUCAAAACCUUCAAAGUCGAUAUUGCGCAACAAUAAUGAAAUACGAAAAACUGUAAGUGAUCUAAGCUGGGACCGAUCACCGUUCAAAAUUUCACCCAGUAAAAAUGGCUCUGCAAUAGUUGGUCUUCCUGAAAUAGAUCCUCGCACCAUUGAAUACUGGAGAAGCGGAGAAAUACAUGGCUUACUUGAUGCAAACAAUACUGGAGAGUUCAGACGAUUGAUAACAGGUGGUCUGGAGCUUCUGGAACAGUCUGCAGGCCAGUUCGAAACUCGAAGCUUUGAAAUAUACGCUACAUUCAAUAACAUUUUAAUAUCUUCAACAGCAAAAUCAGGCCACGAUGUAUCUGAACAAAACUUUAAAGUUAUAAGUGAACUUUUGGGGAAAAUUACCUCUAUAUGCAUCCCACAAUUAAUUAGUGAACAAAGAAAGCUUUUAUCCAAAAAAUCAAAAAAGGAUCCCUUCGUUUCAAGAAUAUAUGUUCAGGUUGUCAGAUUUUUUGGAUUUAUUCUUUCCAACUUCAAAAUUAUCAAAUACCUCAACAAAAAGCCUCAGCUGCAACAAAAACUUAAAGAGUUUUACGACAUAUCCAAAGAUGCUCUAUCGCACCGUAACUCCAACAAAGUAAUACUUGCCGCCCAUAUAUCAGUUUUGGCAAGUGAACGAUUUGGAAUCUACUUCUUAGAAAAAGAUGAAGUAGCUAACAUUCUGUUUGCUGUAAUAGAUUCAAAAGAUAUUCAAAGCACGAACCUCAUUUGUGAAAAAUUGAUGCUGGUAAAAAGCUUCAUCGUCAAAUAUCCUCAGGUCAUGAUUGAAUCUCUCAAAAGGUGGUUGAUAGUAGAGGUCUUUCCAAGAAUUAUUAUCGAUGAUGAAGUUCAUUCAUUGAAGAUUUUAGUUACUGCUACGGCGGUGCUCUUGGAGCUGUUGAAAAAAAGUAUCAAUAUUUCGCAUGUAAAUGCGCAGAUAUAUGAAUAUGUCGAAUUCGGACGGAUUAAAGAAUUUAUACCAGAAGCCUUGGCUUCCAAAAUUUUCAAAGAUGUCGAAAUUGACUCUGAGACAACCACUUUUGGAGACUUAUUGCUACAAAAGAUCGAAUAUUUGAUCUUGGUGAAGAAAGAAUAUAAACUGGCAAUGGAUAUUUGGCUCUCUAUAAUGGGUUUAAUAUGCCAUAAACCAGAACAUCUGUUAAAAAAAGAAAGACAAGAAAAGAAUCGUUGGCUAAGCAUGAAUCGCCUGUGUUUCGAUUCUAAUGAUGAUGUAGCAAAAAGAGUGUCUUUGAAGGCAUGGAGAGUAUUAACGUAUCAGAUUUGCACAUAUACAGCCCAGGCAUCUUCCGACUUUCACCCAGAAUGUCUGUCUUUAUUGAAACUUCCUUUUGAAUAUUCGAAAGAUUAUCACUCAAAUCCAUCAAUCAGAGAUGGGCUACUUUUUCAUCUUUUUGGCAUUAUUUAUACAACAGGUUUUUUCUUAAGCAACAAUGAAAGCUAUUUUCGACUUAUCUGGGACGGUUUGAUAUCGCCAAUUUUCUUCGAUUAUAUAUUCGUGUCGAAAAGCAACCAAUUAAAAUCGAGAGCUGUGAGAUGCCUGUGUAAACUGCUGGAGAAAAGCAACCAAGUACAAGCAGUUAGUGGCAGCAGGAAUUCUAAUUCUGUCAAAGUUAUUUCCUCCGCGGGGAUAGAUCUGAAUGAGAUUUUGGCUCUUCCACCAAAAAUCAUUGAGAGUCACUUCGACAUUAUAAAAACCUUAGUUUUCUCUGCUAUAAAAAGGAAUCAUUCAGAUGUCAGUGUGAAUGCAGACAUAUAUAUAUAUCUCCUGCAUCAUUUACCGGAGAGUUCCACGGAUUAUGCUAAUUUGAAAGCUUUCAUUGAAAUUCUCCUUGAGAUCAUAAAUGGGGAGGGACGUUCGGAAUCAAAAACAGAUCUAUUGUGUAAACUUUCUGGAGCGCUAUCACAUGCAUUUUAUAAAGUUCUUUUUUGUGAAGAUGGUGGGUUUGAAGAUUAUUCUGCUGACGUUCUUUCGACUAUAUUGAGUAAUGACGACGCUCGUAUUAGAGUUUUGAAAGAAAUGAUCUCUAUAAAUAAAGAAAUCAUAUCGAGCGUUUGCAUAGUGAAUAAGUUCUUAAAAACUGGGCAUGGGUGCUAUAAAAUUUACGCGUCUAACUGGAUUAGUUCAACCAUUUUUCAUAGUACUGUUACGGAAAAAGAAUUUCAUCUCCUGCUUGAGAUUCUUAAAAUCGUUCCCACUCGUCCAGUUAUUGAAAGUGUACUCCAUUGUAGCAUAAUUCGUGGUUUUGAAUUAAAAAUACGCGAUUUUCUAGAUCCUUCGACGUCAGAAGAUGAAACAAUUUACCAUUACGCCAAAGUUAUAUUUUCAAAGCAAUACCGUAAAUUUGAAAAUGAGAUGGCCUCCUUUUUGCAAGCAGCCUUGCCUAGCAGAGAAUCGGUUUUUGUGGAUCUCUUUCCACUAUUGGUGCAGCACAAUUUUCACAACGUUGUGAAGUCUAUCAUUCAUGAAAACCCAUCUUUUUUCAGACACGUAUUUGAUGAGUGUAAAUCAUUUAUUUCACUUAUACUGCCAAAAGAGGAUAUGCGUUUCAUUUUAAUCCACUCUGUGGCGGAAUCUGAAAGUGUCAGACUAGCUGUUCUUCGAUGGUGUGUGGAUAAUAAAGAAUUUACCAUGUUGUUUGACGGUUCAGCUCAUUGGGAGAAGAUGCUAUUUACUGAAAACCCCCCAAACGAUGUGUCUCAAGAAAGAAUAGUACUUAUCGCAAAUUUAUUGGAGCAACUCUAUGAGCAGAGCUUAUGGAAACCGCUGAGCACAUUGGUUGAAUUAUGUCUUGACAACGAGAUUUCACAUUGUGUCAUAGACUUGUUUUCUAGAGUUGGUAUAAAUGAACUGAUGCAUUUGGAACCGAGUGCAAUAGCCUUUAUGGCGAAUAAAUGUGGUUGCCUAAACUCUUCGCUAAUCGGUCUCAUCAAAGAGAGUUAUAAACAAAGUCCGAUAUAUCACAAUUGUCAAUUGACGCAGCAUUUGCUUCUUUUUGAGAAAUUUCAAAUCUUCUCACUUUGUAAAGCCGAAUUGAUGGCUUUCUUCAUGCAACGCUCAUCCAAUUUGGUUUAUGAGGAUCUUCGCGUAGUUGACUGCACCUUUAAAAUGUUCCUUGACAUUGUUCAAGCACAUUCCAAGAAAAUGCUGAUAGACUUUUUGAAAUCAUUUUUGGUCUUACUGCCUACUGCCCCUACGCCAUACCUAUUAUGGUUGGCUCGCAGUUUCAUUGAUCAAAUAAACAGGGAUUACGAGUCUUUCAAACCGCUAUUGGGCUUUGAAAAAAUGUGGUUGCUGCUGCAAAAAUUGGCGUCUGACAUUUCAGGAGAUAAAGAUAAUCAUUUGGAGCUUUCAAAGUUCAAUGCGGUCACUGGAAAUUCUAACGAACAGUCUAAGCUUCUUGACAAUGAUAUUCAGAUUUUUUCAACACUGCCUUCGAACCCUAUCACAAAAGAGAUGGAUGAGAUCCGCAAUCCCAUUUUGGAUAGCCCCACGUCUAGAACGGAUCUAGAUGUCUAUCAGCAAUCGCGAUAUCGUACAAAAGUCGUUCAUGAAUGUGAAGUGAAGGCGAGAAGUCCCCUUAUUCAAAGUCUUAUUGGGACUGGUGAAGAUUGCUUGAAAGAAGAGGACCCGACAGCAUUUCGGCACUUUGAUGAGAUCGAAGAUGAAGAACACUGCAGAGAGAAAUACAAGAAAAACAUAUCACUGAGCCAGACGAAAAAUAUGUUAGCUAAGGAAUCUUCAUCUCCGGAUAGUCUCUGUAAACAUGUGAAGAGUGAAAAAUCACUUGGUGAAGGUGAUGUAAAUGUCGUAACUCAAGAAUCUAAAAGGAUCCUGAGUUUAGUGCCUAGUGACGAUAAGGAUCCGAACUUACUGUGCUCAGCUAAAUUGAAGAAAAAUGAUAACGAACUUGGAAAUGCGCAGUCUACAACUGAGGACCCUGAUGCCUCAGUUAUGGGCGAGAUACGGUUCCCCAUAUUCAAAUACUCAAAUAUUAAAAACGAAAUGUCAGUGAAAUCAAAAAAGAACAGAAAACUUGUCAUUUCGGGAAAUGUUGAAGAUUUGGUUGACAGUUUCUCACACGCUCUCAGCCCCGACAUAACAGAUCAUGAACUCUCUGUGCAACCGGAAGAUUCAGAGAAAAAUCUAGCGCGCGGAGACACUAAUUCGUCUUUAAGGCUCCAUUUCCCAAGCAAAAAGGUGCGUCGACUGAUAUACAGAUUGCGCGGUUUUUCUGCGGGAGAUAUAUCUUCCAUAUCCAUGGCGGAAAAGAGAAAUAUGAGAGUUGAGUUGCUGGACUUUAUGAUGCAAUUGGAGCAUGAUAGUAGCUCUUAG